AUGAUUGAGCCUUGCGAAGCCACUCCUUCGACACUGCAUGUUCCUGUUGAAUCAUCUUCCUUACCUACCCUAACAAUCGAUCUAACACUCCUUCCUGAUCAUGCCCCUGCUUCUGUCGAUCCACAAGCUGACAUCGAGGCUUCGAUUCCUCUUCCUGAACCCGCUACAAAUGAGAUUCCUAUUGCCACUCCUAUUAUUUCUUCACCAUCUUGGCCAGCUGAUGCCAAGCCCGAGGAGUAUUUGACUAAGAAGAGGCGAAUGGAGACCCAUCCUGCCCCUAAACGGUCCAUUCCUACUUUUCGCCCCGUUCUAAGGCGAAAGGCAAGGAAAUAA